GCUUCUGCCUGCUAUUCGGAAUGGUGGGGAUUUUUUUUUAUUCUAACAUACACCUCCCCUCUUCCAAACAACCAUUCAGUCUGUCAAUGUGCUCCGUGCAUUUGGCCAGUCAAACGAGUAGGAUGUUAAACUAGUGAGACGGGAAUAUACCGAAUCGAAAAAUUGCCGGACAAGGAAAGCUAUCCAGAUUCCAAAAUGACUCUGUACAGCGGUUCCAGCUAGUUAUUAACAUAAGAAUAUAUGUUAAACUGGUAUUUUUUCAUUUCAAGUUUUCUUUUGCUCUUACACGUCUGGUAAGGACAGAAGUUGAAUGAUUGCAAAUCGCCCAGCCUUCAGUUCUCUUUCUAUUUCAGUGGUUUCAUUUGUUGUUUGAUGGGAUUUGUCAUCACCUGAGUUCGUAUAUUUUAAUUACAAUCAUUUAGGAAAUAAUCUUGGAUUUACUUACUGGACGGAGAGGACCGUACAGUGCAUUUACAAAUCCUGCGAGAAUCCAGCAUUAACAAAUACUUAUCAGGAUGGAGCUGCUGUUUUGAACGGGAGAUAAGCUUAUUUCAUUUUUAGCAGUUGCGCUCGUGUGUGUAAGCUUUUAGGACCCUUUCUAUUUCGGAGAACUUUAAAGAAAAUAAGAAGUAUAAAGGAAUGGGAGAGAACCCGAUGAUAAUCGUGGCAGAGAACAAGAGAACAUUGUUUGGGAAACCACAAUUAUAGGGAACAUCAACCCACAACAGAAAUAGCUUUCGAGCGCGCAUUGAAUCCGGAUAGAAAUCGAUUUACAGGAGAUCUUUUGUGGAAGUGUGCACAAGCCAUUGAACAUCGCUUUGAGGAAAAAAAGAGGGACUAACGACAAAAUAAUCAGAAAGUCAUGGGAUUUGAAUAGCAAUCUAUUUCUCCUGGAAACGAAAAGAUAAAUAUUGUCAAAUUACGCACACGAAGGACGCAGCACUUAUGAUCGGUCAACGGUCACGACUAAAUCAACUUUCUCUGCCAUAGUUCAGUGUUAAUUAUUGCGCCGUGUGCUACAUUUUCGGCUUAUAUCCAUGCGGUUGCCCAGGGACGAUAUCUCACCCCGCAUUGAGUGACUCACCUAUAGGCUAGGUUUGGAAAGUCCCAAUCUCCAACCUCAUUAGAAAAUAUACCAUUUAUUUUAAAAUGGGGUUAAAUGAUCGGGUUUUCGGGGUUGCAAUGGUGUGUCGGAGAAGUGGAUGUAGAUUGGGAUUUCUGCUGAUAUUCUUACUGGAUUUACUGGGGUCGGCGGCUACGAACAUGGAGCCGAUCUACUGGAAUUCCUUGAACAAAAGGUUUCUGGACGACAAGGGCUACAUACUUUACCCCCAGAUCGGGGACCGCCUGGACCUCAUCUGUCCAUCGUCGGAGCCGCCUGGCCCGCGGGCCCCCGCCGAGUACGAAUACUACAAGCUGUACCUGGUGUCGUCGCGGGAGCAGGCCGACCGGUGCGAGGUGACGGGCGCGCCCAACCUGCUCCUCACCUGCGACAAGCCCACCAGCGACAUGAGGUUCACCAUCAAGUUCCAGGAGUACUCCCCCAACCUGUGGGGGCACGAGUUCAAGACUAACGCUGAUUACUACAUCAUUGCCACGUCAGACGGGACGCGCCAGGGCCUGGAGAGCAUGAGGGGAGGGGUGUGUGCCACGCAGGGCAUGAAGGUGGUCCUCAAAGUGGGGCAAAACCCCUAUGGCCUGCCUCCGAAACCUGCCAAACCAGACCAAAGUGCGGGCCGUACCAACACCCGGACUACAGGCGGUUCCGGCAACGCCACCCAUCCCAGGGUUCCUAGCGGCGGCGGGGACUCAGGCGGUGCCGGGGGCGAGAACGGACCCCUCCCCCCCUCCAAUGUGGCCGUCAUCGCCGGCGCGGCGGGAGGCUCCGCCUUCCUGCUCCUGGUCACCGCCGUGAUCUGCGUGGUGUGUUACCGGCGGCGACACGCCAAACACUCGGAGUCCCACCACCCGCCCCUGUCGCUGUCCUCCCUCACCAGUCCCAAGAGGCAUGGCGGCGGACACGGCAGCGGUAACAAUAACGGCUCAGAGCCCAGUGACAUCAUCAUCCCGCUGCGGACUUCUGACUCCGCCUACUGCCCUCACUACGAGAAAGUGAGCGGGGACUACGGACACCCGGUCUACAUCGUCCAGGAGAUGCCCCCCCAGAGCCCUGCCAACAUUUACUACAAAGUAUGAGGUGUGGUCUACAUGACAAACCACCGUACAACCACCCGAUCCAGUCCAGAACCACCUAGAACCCAGCUACAAAAGUCUCCCACUGAUGGUCCCCACUGUCUCUUUCUUAGUACCCCAAUACAGUAUCUGAUCCCCAGACCAUGGUGAGAUCUGAUCUUCCCUAUCCAGACCAAGGCGUGAUCAGAUAUGCCCUAUCCAGACCGAGGCAUGAUCUCAUCUGCACAAUCCUACCCCAGGUGUGGUGAAGAUUCCUUGAAUACGCCCUCCACUUUCCUGAAAUGUGUCACUAAUGUUCAUGCAGAGAGUUUAGUAUGUAAAUCCACCACCAGCCCCUUCAAAUAGGACAGCACUGGCAAGAGACUCUGGAUUUCACUCCGUUUCUUUCUCACAGCUGCCAAACACCACGAUGAACAUAACAAACAUACCCCACAACCAGGAACCCUGAAAACCCACCCAGAGAACUCUGUAUCUCUCCAGUGCCCCGGUCCACAUUCAUAUCUACCUGGUCCCAGAAGGGCCCGAACUCUGACUGUGGCCUCUGAUGUUAGAACUCACGAAAAAGGAUCCUAGUUUCUUUGUGUUUUUAUGGUUUCUCAUUGGGCCAUGGGCCUAUGACUCUCGUCAAAUCAGAAAGCUGGGCUCGGGUUAUCAGUGCCCAAGAUAUGACCAAUCGAGUCUUGACAUUCAGAAUCUUGUAUAUUUUAAUAAUGUUUGUGUGUGUUGUGUGCGUGCGUGUUCGUUUGUGUGUGCGUGCGUGUGUGCGUACUUGGUUGUGCGUGCUUGGGUAUGUGUGGGACUAGGACCAUAAUUAUGACACUGCUGUUGCACUGAAAAGUGUGUGCCCAGUUAGUGUACUUUAGUACAAGGUGUGUGUGUGCGCGUGUGCGUGCGUGUUUCUCUUUGUGUAUAUGCUACGUGCUAGCGAAUGUGCGCAUUUGCGCAGGUGUUCUUUAGACUUGUCUUAAAAACCAAAACACAAAAAAGUGGGUGAAUAUUAAAAAAGUGAGAUUUUUUUUAUCGCUAUCAACACUCAUAGAUUAUAUAUGAAUAUGAAUAUCCAGUAAAUAAUUUUUAGAUGUCUUGAUUUUUCAAAAUUGUUCUUUUUUUUAAUUUUUAUUCCUCCACUUGUAAAACAUCACUUCUUCUGUUAUACUGAUGCUAUUUUAUUAUCCACAGUUUUUUUUUUUUAAACCUGGCCUUUUUUCUUCCCCCUCUGCUGCAUUGUAAAUUUAUUUAAUCCCAUUGUUUUUUGUUGUUGUUGUUUUUUAGUCUCCCCGUCACUCUCAUCACCCCCGCCCUAACCCCCCUCCCCCCUGGGCCUCCCACCCCGUGUAUAUUUUUAUAGCUCUUGUACUAUGCUGUAGUUUUGAAGUUUAGACCUCGUUUGUGGAAGUUGUUGAGGUAGAAACCAUCGAUGAAAGUUUUUUUUCAAAUGCUUUUUUGAACAAGACGAAAAAGCAAGGGGGGAAUUGAACGAGGGAGGGUUCCAAAUGAAAUGAAAUGAAAGACCGGGAACCGGAGUCACUGUCUGGAGGAAAAAAAGAAACCUGAAUGUGGAACUUUUGUAAAAAAAUAAAUAAAAAAAAAAGAGUAAAGAAAAGACUAAAGGAGAGGGAGAUGGAAGGAGAGGGGGAGGGAAGGAGAGGGGGAGGGAAGGAGAGGGGGAGGGAAGAGAGAAGGAUCCCUGGGAAGGAUAGAGUAAAACGGUGACUGUGGCAGAAGAGAGGAGUCGUUUCUUUAAUGGAGUGCUGAGAACGUGUGAUGAACCUGAACUGGGGAGUGAAGGAACAGACACAGCUUACAUGGAUUUCAGGGCAAAAACCUCACUGUGGAAUAUGAGGAGACAUUUAAUCUAACACAUAAACACACAGACACACACACACACACACAGAUAAACACAUUCGAGAUACACCCGACACAUCUUUCAAGGUCAUUUCAAAUUCGCCGCUUUUCCUCUAAAUAACCUGAUAUUUUAGACACUUUAAACUGAUUAUAAUGACAGGCAAACCCCUCACAUUCUCGUUCACAGACAAACACACUCACCCACACGCAUACAAACAUACCGAAUGCACGUACAUUCAGAUUCACACACGCGCGCACACACACAUACUGAUAAGCACUUGUAUUUCAUGCCACAGACACUGUCUGGCUUUCUCUGGAUCACUCUCUCUGCCACACACACUUGUUUUACUAUACUUGUGAGGACCUUCUGGGACCAAUAAAACGUUCCAUUCAAAAUCGCAUGUUCUCUAACCCCUAACCCUAAACCCAAGUCUAAAAGGCCAUACAUAAACAACAUAUAAGCCAUUUGUAUACUGUCAAAAUGUCCUCACAAGUCAUGAUUUACAUGGAUGACUAUACUCCUGGUCCUCACAAAUAUAGUAAUGCACUCUCACACUCUUAAACACACACACACACACACUGAUUGCUCUCAUGUGGCUCCCUAUUUCUGACACAGUCUUGGCUUUCUCCCAGUGAUUAAGUCAACCUCUGUGUGGUGGAAGGAUGAAAAGAGCAUUUGUGCUCCUUGUGUGUUUGUGUGUCUCCGUGUGUGUUUGUGUGUCUCUGUGUGUGUUUGUGUGCAUCCGUGUGUUUUUCUCCAACAAGUUCCUGUUUGUUUCUUACUCCGGCUAGUACUGGUUUUAACACCCUUAGACAGAAACAAAGAUGUUUUCAAAAGUGCUGCGUGUUAUAGUGCUGUACAGGCUAGCCACUGUCUAUUGUUGCUACAAGUGGUGGGCCAAUAUGUUUAAAACGCGCACAACCAGCUUUUCCUCUUACACAAAUAUCACAGCAAACAGCAGACUAGCAACGCGUCAUGUCCCGAAAUAUCCCUCAUGCUCAACAGGUGAAAGUUGGUUCCCAAGGCUUUAUUCAAAGUGUGUGUUAUUUAACUGUGCACCUGCUCAAAAGGCUUUAUUUGGAAUAUUGCUGUCAAAUACACCUUUUUAUUUCCAUGUGAUUUGUAUCCUGUAUUAUCUGUUCACAUAAAUAGUUUUGAAACUUGAAAGUGUUAAGGAAAGUGGACAAGAUGGGGUGAAAGGUUCACCUUGUCUCUAUGUACAGUCUGUCUCUACAAUAUUAGCUCUCUAAACCACUAAGGAUAUACUUAAAGAAAAACACUGGCUUCAAACUCUGCUCUGAUGUUUCAUCUGGGAUUUUGGUGUCCUCCAACGAUCAAAUGACCAAGAUGGCCACCGGCCACCAUGAGAAACAGUGGACUUUGUGGAGUUGCUACUCUGAAGAUGCUGAUCUUUCACAAAAUGGCUCCUUCUCUCCCUCUCUGGUCCCUCUCCACCCCCCAGUCUUCUCUUUCUCUCUGAGAAGAAUCUCCCUCCUGGACUCAAAGCUCAAGUUUUGUUUUAAUGUCGGUCAGUGUUUUGUAAAAAGGUUGUCUCUCUCUUUCACUGUUUGCUUUUGACUGUUCUCAAUGUGUUGGCUUUUUUCUCAUGGAUGCUGGAUCCUCAUUUCCAAAAGAGAGGUUUCUUGUUUUGUGGAAACGCAACCCCCCCCCCCCCCCAACCCCCCCGAAACCCCCAAUCCCCCAGCCCCUCGUUGGUGUGUGUGUGACUGUGUGUGUUUCUUUGUGCCAGCAGGUCGAGGUGAGGGAGAGCUGGUUGGCUCCUGUACGUGACGUGUUGAGACUUUGUAUUGGGAGACCACUGUGUGAAAUGGGUUCUCUGUCCCCCCUCACCUCCUCCUUAAGCCCUUCCUCCCCCUGCACCUCCUUCACUAUAACUCUCCUCAAUCUGCUCCUGUCCUUUCCUUCAUCACUACGAUCCCCCUUGACCUCCUCCUCUUCUCUCCAACACACCUCUAAAGAAUGGACAAAAACUAGAACAUUCCUGCUUUGGAAAAAUGUUGAUUAAAAAAACAAACAAAAAUGUUUAAGCACCACUCA